AACAAGUACAUUUUCAAUUUAUUAAUUAAGAACAUGUAAAGUAAUUAGUCUUACCCUCACUCCGAUAGGGGAGGAUUGUCCAAAUUAAAGCAGUGAAGUUUGGAAAAAAUCAUAUUAAUUGAAAUGAAUAUUUGUUUUUAAUUGAGAAACCCCUUGAAGAGAUCUAUGAUGGAUAAGUAUAAACUUAUAGAAACGAUGCUAAUAAAAAUUGCAAGUAAUUUAAAAAAGUUAUCUCUGAAUUUUUUAAUGAAUAAUCUCACAGCUUAUUAGAAAAUCCAUAGCAAAGGGAAUGCUGUCAUGAUUUGAAUCAAAUAAAAAUUA